UGCAGCAUUCCUGCAGGUUUGUGUGAGAAGUGAAAGAGAAAGUACACUGAGGGUUGUACUUUACAGGAGAUGAAGAUGCUGUGCGUCGACAAUAAACACAGAGAAGUUGUCCAACAAGCUGCGGGAAUGUCUUGAAAGUGUGAAUCUUACAACUGAAGCUGACAGUGUUGCAGUGGACUGAUAGAUUUGUCAAAAAGGAAUCAAAAUGGAUUUCAUUGAAAAUGGUCUACGGUAUCUCUACAACAUGUUGUUCUCUCCAGCAGCCAGUAAGUACUAUGGCUUGUUAAACCAAGGAGCAACAUGCUACCUGAACAGUGUGCUGCAGGUGCUGUUCAUGACCGAAGACUUCAGAGAGGCUGUGAAAAGGCACACCUGUGAAACCUGUGGCCCUAAGUGUAUUGAUCGACAUCUUGCGUCCUUGUUUGAUGACUUAAAAGGAUGUACGGCAUACACCUAUAAAAUCACCAACCACCUGGGCAUCGACAAUGUGUAUGAACAGCGUGAUGCUGCUGAGUACUUUGAGAAGAUUUUAGGUCUGACCAGUCCUGAGGCAUCACAGAUCUUCCACGGAGAGUCGACACACAAGACCAAAUGUUCUGCAUGUUGUGAAGAGACCGAAGCCGGCGGGGCAUUUUGGUAUCUUCCUCUUGCAUUGGUUGAUUCUAACAGUGAAGACUAUAGCGUGGUGAGUGGUAUUAAGGAGUAUUUCAGAACUUCAGAUUUCAGCGGAGAAAACCAGAUGUACUGUGACAAGUGUGAUGCCAAAACUGAUGCAACUAUUAAAUGUGUAAUAAAGCGUCAUCCAGAGGUUUUGAUGCUGCUGCUGAAGAGGUUUGAGUUUGACUACAGUUACAUGAGAUAUGUCAAAAACAACCACACUGUGGAUGUUCCCUGCACCCUACAGAUACCAGAGAAUCAGACGUAUGAACUGUACGCGGUUGUGGACCAUUUUGGAGGUCUUAGAGGUGGACAUUACAAUGCAACAAUCAAACCUGUAACAAUCAAACCUCAGGAGGAGAGAUGGUAUAAGUUCAAUGAUGACAGCGUCACAGUGCUUGAAUACCAGCCAUUCCAGGUGGAUAACAUUAAGAAAUCCGGCAGCGCAUAUCUUCUUUUUUACCGGAAAAAGACAGUGCGUGCUGCAGGUGCUUUUACUCAGGACAAAGAGGUGUCUACUCCUGAAGAAAUCCUGCCAGCUACCGAUGAUGUCCAUGAGAGAGAGAGAGAGAGGGUUGAGUGGCCAGCACAAGUGGGUAAUAACACUGCUGUUUCCAUCCCCAGAAAUGAAAAAACAGGAAUUACAGACUUGGGAUGUGUUGGUGAGCUAUCAUCUGACUUCAAUAAAGAGGAUCAGGACAAUGGAGUUAAUUCCAGUCAGAGCAUACCAUACAAUCAGCAGGGGCGUAAUGAGGAAAGGAAUCACUUGAGUCAUCGUCAAGAUGCUCAUGCAGAAAAACAGCACAAUGACAGUGGAAGACAAAAUGAUGCUAGUCCAGAUGUUAGUCAUGGUUUAAAACUGGAAGUCAGUAACAGGCCUGCAAUACACGGUCAUCUGAGCAAACAAGAUGAGAGCAGCACUGCACAGAGGAGAGUGAUGCAUGGAAAGACAGACAAGGAUGGAAAGACUGGAGAAGAGACAAAAUACCUUGGCAGGAAUACAGAGCAUCAGGACAAUGAAGGAUCAGACAAUAUUAGACAGAACAUGCAUGAUGUGGGUAAACAGGAAGUUGGACAAGAUUAUAGCCUUAAACCUGUUAAUGUGGACAAACAGGGAGCUGGGGGGAGGAUGGAAAGAGAUGAUCAGGAAAGCAGUAGCAGGUAUAAAAGACCUGAGCAACCGAGAGAGGAUAAGGGAGUCAAGGAACAAAAGAGAGGAGAUGAUAAAGAUGCACAAAUGAGAGAAAGAGAGACAAAACGAGGUGUAGAGGAUCAGGACAAGAGAAGAUCAGAUGGUGUUAGACAGAAUAGACCACAGCAGGAAAUCUGUGAUACACAUUCAACACAUAAAGACAGUGUGGAGAAACAAGCUGAAGAGCAGGGAAAUAAAGGAGAUGAGCAUAUUCAAAACAGAACAGACUCUUCUAGAAGAAGAGAGGAAACAUCACAACAGGACACUUUGUCAGAGAAUUUCGCCAAUUUAAAUCUGAGUGAGUCACCUUCGCAAGAGCCACAGAAACGUGGAACCAAAAGAGUCAUUACAAAUGCACAAGAGGAGAAUGCAACAAACAGUACAAUUCAUUCAGAUACAGAAAAAAAGCGAAAAGUCUCUGACACACAAGAGCAGACUGCUGAAAUGAAACACGCAUUGAAAAAGAAUAGCACAAUGCAGAAUACCCAAUUGAAGCAAAACAGAAAGAAAAAAAACAAUCAGAAAAAAACUCCUGGCUGUUUUUCUUUUUUUUGUAAAAGAAAUGCAGUCCAGACUUCAGAGUCGGAUGAAGACGAAAUGCAUACUUUGUUUGUUUAGUCUAUUUAACAUCAUUCAUCUUGGAAAUGUAAAAUGCAUCACUUCCUGUUUGCCACAGAAUUGUUUCUGUGUAAAGAGCAGCAAAUGUAAGAGGUUUAAUGAGAGAGAGGGUUGUUUUAGGUUAAAGUGCUGAUUUAUAUCAUCAGUCUGUAAUAGAAAAUAUAGCAAUGGAAAUUGACUUGAUAUGAAAAAUGUCAAGGCACAUUUACGUUUAGUCGUUUUGAAAUCAUGAUAUUCACAGACCGAAUGAUCGAACAUGUUUUGUCUUUUUUUUUUUGAGACAGUUGAAGAAAUGUAUCAACCUAUUACAUUUUAUUAUGAAAAUGUUCUUGUUAAAUUGUUCAGACAUAUAUAAACAGAUGACACUGAAUGUAACAUCUAAUGUGAUUUAAAACAGAUUGUGUGAGGAAAUAAAAAUUCAAAAGGAA